AUGUUGUGUUCAACUACAGGUUUUUACGUGCUUGACAAAUCAUCCCAAGAUCCGCAACUCAUUCUGGGGCCCUUCCAGGGAAAGGUUGCCUGCCAGACCAUCAAGUUCGGCAAAGGUGUUUGCGGAGCAGCGGCAGCGACCCAAGAGACACAAUUAGUUCAAGAUGUGGAGGAGUUUCCGGGACAUAUUGCUUGUGAUGGAGACAGCAAGAGUGAGAUCGUCGUGCCUAUUGUGGUUACCCAGGACGACGGUUCGAAGAAGCUGGUGGCUAUCAUCGACAUCGACUGCGCUGAGCUGAAUGGGUUUGACGAGGUUGACAAGGUCCAUCUCGAGCAACUGGCAGCUCUCCUUGCCAAGAGCUGUGACUGGUAG